AUGUGGGCGGGGUCAGAUUGAUGUAGGCGUGAUGUUUACGAGUAAGUCACUCCCCUUUCUAAUUGAAUAUUCGAUAAGCUUCCGACUGAGAGGCAGGCAGGCAUCAGAACAGGGGAAAGUUGACGGCUUUUGGGGGCAGCUCCAUCAUUUUCAUAACAGUAGUCAUGCUCCGUGCAGCCACAAGCUUUCUUUACCCCCCUGGCCUCACUCUACUCCAACUUCCCUGUGUCUACUUCUGAGCUAUUCUCCGUUUUGACAUCAUGGAGCCGCUGUGUACGGACACCGGUUCCUCGGCACGGCAUGCAAAUACGUCCUCUGACGUCGGCGAUCAUGUGGCUUUUGGCGUAGAUCCUCCUUGUGAACGCCAAUUUUUUCUUUCCUGUCGCCUGUUGUCUGCUCGCCUACUGGGCCGUCGUCAGAGUGUUUAGAAAAAUUACGGCUCGUUUGUGUGGCUCGGUCUUUGGUGAAGAUUUUGGGGGAUAUUACCGUAACUACCUGAGCAUCGCGCCUGAGACGGUGGGCAGGCAGCGUUGUGUGAUGCUGUUCCUGAGGGUCUGUGAGUUCUGGAGCUGACACUGUCAGCAAGCCCAGCCUCCACUGCACCACAGCAGACCCAUCUACUGCAGACCUUCACGUUCCACUGCCCUUCCUCCACAUACACACCUUGCUCCAGGGGAAGGCCCCCCCUCCUCCGACUCUUUGGUUGCUCAGUCCCAGCCUGCGAACUGUCCCGUUGGAUAGAUGUUAACACAUUAGCAGCUCUGUAUCCUUGGCACCAGAGUCAUUUCAAAAGCAUCUCAUGCCAAACACAAACACCAGCUUAGGGUAGGUUCCUUAAAGACAACCCAGGAUCUACAAACACCAUGUCUAGUCGAAGAAAGAAUUCCACACCGUGUAUGAUCCGACCAGAUCACACCAUGGUGGAGCUGGAUGAUGACGAAGAAGAGCCACACGAUAUGAAGGCUUUUGCAUUUCAGGGGCCUAUGGAAGUGGAUUUAUCAACAAAGGUUGAUUCAUCAGCGGACGUUGAUCUAACAGGAAGGACUUCAGACACCCCCACAACUCAAGACAAACAUGCCGCAGAGCCAACAGAUCUUUCCAGGCCUCAGCAUAAGCAGCAGGGAGGCUAUGAGUGCAAAUACUGCUCCUUCUCCACACAGAACCUCAACACUUUCAAGGAACACGUGGAUGCCAACCAUCCAAAUGUCAUCCUCAACCCGCUGUAUCUCUGCGCCGUCUGCAACUUCAAGACAAAAAAGUUUGACACCCUGACUGAACACAAUGAGCGGUGUCACCCGGGGGAGAGCAACUUUAAAUUCAAGCGCAUCAAAAUGAACAAUCAGACAAUCCUAGAACAGACAAUAGAGGGCUGCAGCAACAAUGCAGUCAUUUACAACACGGCCAGCACCAAUGCUGCCAAAGGGGACGAACUGAGCACACAGCCAAUCGGCAAACCCACGGCAGUGAAGGUCAGUAAACCAAAAAUAAUGACAUCAGAUGGUAAAGGGACAGACUAUCAGCUGGGAAAAGUGACCCACGAUCUGUCCAAGAAACAAAUCACAGCAGUUAAUGUUAACGGGACGGUCAUCAUCCCUGAAGCCACACUCCUUAAAGCUGACAGUCUUUCUCACAUCAUGCCUUCCCUUCAGCGGCCUGUAAACUAUACCCAGGUGCCGAAAAUUGCAGUGCCCCUGAACACAACCAAGUACAACCCUUCCUUAGAUGAAAACCUGACGCUCAUCUCCUCCUUUAACAAAUUCCCUUACCCAACGCACGCUGAGCUCUCCUGGCUCACUGCGGCCUCCAAACAUCCUGAGGAGCAAAUCAAAGUGUGGUUCACUACACAGAGGCUCAAACAGGGCAUUAGCUGGUCACCUGAGGAGGUGGAAGAAGCAAGGAAGAAAAUGUUCAAUGGUACAAUCUCCUCUGUGCCUCAAACCUUUGCCGUUGUAGCGCCUCAGCUCACCACCCAAGCAUCCAAAAACAUUUCCACAGCCUCCAAACACAUGACAUCUGCGGCCUCUAUCCUCCAGUCCCUUCCCUGUCAGCUGCUGGGGCAGAGCAAUCUGGUGCUAACUCCUGUAGCCAACGGCUCAACAAUCACCAGUGCACCACUGGCGCUGACAGUCGCAAACCAGGUGGCACAGUCACUCAAGCGACCCCUGACCUCUCCUGUGAUGGCAGCAGACAGCAAACGGCCCUCCAUCAUUCAAACCAUCUCGGCGCCCAUGGUCACUUCCAAGCUGACGUCUCCAAAAGUGUUAAAUUUUACUGCUGACCCCAAUAAAACAGCAGAGCAGCUCACAGUCCUGAGGUUGAGCUACACCCAGUGUCCUUUCCCUGAGGAAGAUGAGAUCUACAGGCUAAUCGAGACCACUGGGCUGUCCAGAGGAGAGAUAAAGAAGUGGUUCAGUGAUGGGAGACUCCAUAAUCUCAAAGGUGUCCCUCCACCACCAGCACUGGUCAAAGCAGAAGUUACACCGGUUCCUAAGGACGGUUCUGUGAGGAAAGCCGUCCCCAGUCAUUUUCCUCUGCUGGAACGAGUGAAGGGAAAAACGUCAGAGCAACUGAAGGCCCUGGAGGAGAGUUUCCAGAAAAGUAGUUCUCCAACGGAAACAGAGCUCGACCAGCUGGCCAAUGAUACCAGGCUGUCAAAGACAGAGGUGGACUGCUGGUUUUCAGAGCGCCGGGCGCUGAGGGACAACAUGGAGAAGACUCUACUUACCAUGGCCUCAAAAAACACAGAGGACAGACAGGAGCGGCCCGGAGUGCUGCUGAAUGGAGCCUCUCAUCGGGGGGAGGAGGCCAAAUCCCUUCACUCCUCUCCUCAUCCACCUGCCCCCUCUACUUCUUCGUCCUCCUCCCCCCCUGUGCUGGUAGCCUCCUCCCCUCACCCCCCAACACUCCGUUCUGCUGCAUCUCCCCCCAUCCUUACUUCAUCCUCCUCCUCCUCGUCUCCUCAUCCCCCCAUCCUGUCAGCCUCCACAAGCCCAGCUCCCAUCAGCAACCGCUCCCUCACCCUGCUCAGAGAGAUGUUUUGUCGGACCCAGUGGCCAUCUCCUGAAGAGUACAGCCAGCUGGAGGUCCAGACCAGCCUGGGCCGCACCGAUAUUGUUCGCUGGUUCAAGGAUCACCGGUUGGCACUGAAGAACGGUGAAACUCUGGACUGGAUGGAAGAGAUCCAAAAGCAGACUGAGCAGCAGAGAGUGUGUUUAGAUCAGAACAAGACUGCGACUGUGGAGGCGUCUGCUGAGACCACAGCAGCCACAGAGCCGUCCAAGCUGUCAGCUCUAGACAAAGUACAGCAGUUGACGGACAGAAUAACCCAGAGUGUGACAGACCUGAGCCGGACCAGACCAGACCAAACUGGUCCUGGUGGUGCUGAUAAAGGAAGGUGGGUGAAGGUGACAGUGGCAGUGGGGGAGGAGACAGAAGGAGUGCAGGGACAAAGAAGGACAACAGACGCUGAUGUCAUUUCCUUAGAGCAAACAGGGAGAGUCACUGGAUGAUGGCAGGGUAAAUCAAAGACCAUUGACAUCACCACAUGUGGAACUUUUGAUGAAAAAUCUGCCAAUGAUGUCAUCACAGAGCGCCAGGAACUGUGGAAUUUCACUGUUGAAGCGCUGACGUGAGCUGCAGAUGCUAACAUGAAGAGGAGUGCCAAAGCUGGACUUGAUGCAUUGUUCUUACUACUACUACUUCUACUACUACUACUAUUACGGAAGUAUCCUUGUAAAUAUUUU